UAUAACUCUGACAUGAUGUUCAGUGAAAGACAGUAUGCAACAUUGGAUGUGGAUUUGACCAGAGUGCGAUUACAUGAACCCCUGUCUAUUAUAAUACAACAACCCCUGUUAUAUGUACGAGAUAUGGUACCAAAGCCAUGUUUAGAUGCAAUUAUCAAGUUAGAUCAGUUGACACAUAUGAAGAAGUUGCGUGAUGUGGCUCGAAAUGAUCUUUUUCCAACGUCUGAAAUGAUUUUGUCACUGAGUAGAGAAUUUGGUGUCCCUCUAACUACUGCUGAUUUUGAAGAACUGAAGGAAGUUGAGAGUGAGACUGACAUAGAUGGUAAACAUGUCAGUGUGCAGUAUGCCCAAACCAGCAGAGAUUGGACACCUAUUGACAUGUAUAAUGAAAACUAUUUACAUUAUUUAGAGGAACGAUCAAAAUAUGCACAUAAACAAGACUACAUCAAGCAAAACAUAAAUAAUGUACACGAAGCCAGUAAAACCAAUGAAAGAGUUCGGCCGAAAACAAUAGCUGCAAUUCCUACCAACGGCACAGUACAUAAUUAUAGUACGCAAUAUUUGAAUUCCAUGGAACAAGCUCGAGAGAAGUUACGACAAGAAUUGGCAAAGGAUGUUCAUCAACGGUUCACAUACUGUCAAGAUUACAAUUCAUCUACCGUGGUACCGGUAAAUAUGACACAAGAAGAGUCUGUGAGUAAAGACAGUUGGAGAACUCCAGAUGGGUUCAUUUACCCUGGAAUUAAAAAUGCACUUGAAUCAAAUGAGCAUAUAAAGAGACCACAUCCAGCAAAAUGUGAUGAGUUAAAAGAGUAUUGGCGAGAGAAUAUUCUGCACAGUAAUAUACUGAAACCUACGUUAGAACGUGAUAGGAUGACCUGGUCUGAAAGGGUAUCUGAUUUCAACCUAUGGUCCAAGCCUGCUGGUGCAUUUGAUCCAUCUGUGCCACCAACUAUACAUCAUGCCGGUGACAAACUAGCAGCCGAACAAGAAGCUGCUGCCAGGUUUGAACUGGAGAAAUGGAAAUCCAAAAUAAUAGUUGAUGACACAAAUGUGCAUUUCCAUCGUUGUGCGACGGAUACCGAGCAGACUUACAGAGGACCUAAAUCUAGCAAUCAACUGGAUAAACUGCAAGGUCUGCUGAAGGAUGAACCAAAAAAGAUUGGAUUGAAGAAAUCUCCGGUACUUCAUGAUAUUCCAGCAUUAUCAGUCGUGUUGAAUCCUAGUGUUGACACGAAAGCAAGACAUGGUGAACUACCAGUAAUAGAUCAUGAUAACUGUGUGAAUCAGUCUCACCAUGGCUAUAACCCUGGACCAUAUCAGACACUCAGCUGGACUCUUCCACAUAAUAGGAUACCUAUCCGUGAUAUGCAACAUGCCAAAUUUGAAGCCUUAAAAGGACAUGAUUUCAGACUGUAUCACAAAGAGAGAAGCGUUCUGAGUCGUGUACCGAUUAAAACACUGUCCUCAGAAGAUAGAAAUAAUAAUUUAUUUGAACUAGGAGGCACUGAAGACUACAGAUAUUCAAGUAUCAAGUCUGGUAAUAUAUGUUACCUGCAGCCACCGCCGUCUAUUAAAGCAGCACCUUUACAUACAGAAUUUUACUUUCCAGACAGAGACAAGUAUGCUGAGAAACCCACAUGUAAGAAAGCUGCUGCUCAGCUAGCAGCAUUGAACUAAAUAAUGUACAUUCCUGUAGAGGCCUUAAUGAGAUGAAAUAAACAGUGUACAAAGUUUGAUUAUGUUUGUUGUGUACAGUCAAAUCAUAUUUUUAUAUUUAAAUGUGAAUUCUAUUUUAUAAAUAUGGUGUAAUUAAGAUGGUUUCGGUUGGUACUUCUGGUAAUGACACAACAUUUGUCAUUCAUGCCACAAUAUCUCAGCUCUCAUUGCAAAGUUGGCUAAUAAUACAACGACAAUUGUCUUCAUUUCAAAGUCAGUCAUUAAUAGAACAAUAUAUCCGUCCUCAUUGCAUGGUUGGCUUAAGUUAGUCUCCAUCCUCAUUACACAGUUGGUCAUUAAUAUGCAGUGACCAUGUUCAUUUCAAAGUAAGUCAUUAUUACAAAGAAUCCAUCCUCAUUACACAAUUGGUCAUUAAUAUGCAAUAAUCAUGUUCUUUCCAAAUUUAGUCAUUAAUACAAUGUUUCCGUCCUCAGUGCACAGUUUGUCUUUAAUAUACGAUGAAGAUGUUUAUUUCAAAGUUAGUCAUUAAUGCAAUGUUUCUGUUCUCAUUCCACAGUUGGUCAUUACGGUAGUAUGCGAUGACCAUGUUCAUUUCAAAUUUAGUCUUUAAUACAUUAUCUCUGUUGUCCAAUAAUGCAACACCGUCUUCAUUGAAAAUGUCAUCAUUUAUACAACCAUGUCUCCCUCAUUCAACAGUUUGUCAUACAGCACUUUAUCCUUCAUCAUUGCAAAGAAGACAGUUGAUUUUACACUGUGAUUCCCUAGUUGCUUGGCUGAAGCAAUUUUUUUCCAUCAUCGUAGUGUAAUUUAAUUGCAAUUCAUACAGCAAUAACUAGCAAUGCAAUUUAUUUAUCUUUGAGACAUGCGGCGCAGUUCAACUAUUAUUUCUUCCAAGUACAUUGAAAUCAUUGGAUAAUACAAAGCAAAGAGUACAUAGUACUGAGAUUGUGUAAAUCAACAGUUUUGAGUGUACUGUAUUUGCUUUAUUAGAAGUGCAAUCUCUAAUAGAUGCGCACAUUAGCCUCAAAUUUCAUUUACUGUAUGCUGAUUCACCAAAAUAUGACUUAUUUUGGCAUUAUAGAGGCACACCUCUGUCAUUCACAUUAAGAACUAAGUGUUAACUAAUAGACAAAUGUGGUACUUUUCAUCAUACAAAUUAAAUUUUGUAUUGUGUUACAAGAAGUUAUGAUUCAAUAAAAUGUGACUAUAUUUACAUGUAAUAUAUAGAAUAUGAUAUAAUGGUGAUCAUGUUAAAUAAGUUUAACAGUGUUAAUGGGUACAUUAUACAACGGUAACACAAUCAUUCUUUGCCAAAUCAUCUGCAACAGUAGGUUUAUUACUAGUUCUUUGAUGUACCAGUUGUGCAUUUUCAAAUACUAAAGUGUCCAAUAAUAGCUUUUUGUUAAAACCAGUGAUGUUUUCAGAGUUACUGACAUGCCAAAAUAUUUGUAUGACUUUAUUAGAAAAUACAAUAUAUAGGAGUACUUUUGCAUAUCAGUGUAGUAUUUUCUUCCAAUAUUUGAGAUGACUCCACACUUCAUUGACACCAACAGUACUGCCAUUGAAUAAUAUAUCAACACAUUCCUUCAAUCUCGACUUUGCCAAAUAAUGUUUGUGAAUAUGUUUUGUUUGUAAGUGCCUAUGCAGUCCAUUCAAUAUGCAAUAAAGAUUUCUAUACAAAGUUA